GACAGCGCGAGAUGGAGUGAUCAGGUCUCAGAGGCCGAAGAAGAAGCAGCCGCCAUAGAACAGGAGGAGGCUAGACGACUGGAGGAGGAAAGCCGCGCGCAGCAGCAGGCGGCUGCCCAGAAUGAGCAGCAGCAGGAAGAGGCCGAGGCUACUCCAGAGGCCGAGGCUUCUCCCAGCAACAGCCAGCCGAUUCCGGAGGAAGCCGCAGAAAGGCCUCCCGAGGAUGAAGAGGACGACGAAGCAGAGGGCAUGCGGGAAGAGCCUGCGCAGCAGGUGGAGGAGGAGCAGGAGGAUCCGGAACAGGUGGAUCGUCAGCAGGAGGAGGCUGAAGAUGCGCCUGAGGAGAUGGAGGAUGACGAGUAUCCUCCGCAGGAAGAUGAGGAGGAAGCAUACCAGGAGGUAGAGCCCGUCGCGGAGGAGCGAGACGAGGAAGCGGUGCCCUCCCCGAAGGCGGUCUUGCAGAGCCAUCGGGACGCAGUGCUCAAAGACGCUCUGGAACUGGCGAGGAAACUGCGCGAGCUU